AUGUCGCAAAUCGGUAAUACGGGCGGGCCAACGCCCCGCCGCUCUAAUCGCCUCAGUACGAAGGCCAGCUCUGUUGCCGCGGAAUCUGCUGUCACCCAAAUGACAAGCGGCGGCACCAGGCUACGUCGCAAAGGUCCCCUCACCAAGGUCAAGGCUCGCAAGUCCAACGCCUACGGCGCUAGUGGACGUGUUGGCGCUGCUGAAGAACUUUCUGUUUCUGCGACCGGCUUCGCGCAAGCAUUUCAGAACCAGCGUGGUGAUGCCUUCGCUCGCGAUGAAGAGGAGGAAGAAGAAGACGACGACAUCGAUGAGCUCGGCGAAGAAGGCCAUCUCAUGAGUGGCGCGCUCAACGGCAACACGCACCGUCAUUUAUCCUCUCCGGCCCCCGUGGUACCAUCAAGAGCGGCGCCUGGCCUCUCUUUCGUCGACAGUGACGACAUCACGCCUAGCGAAGAUGAACUUGCAGCCUCUGUCGGCAACACCUCGAAGUCAUUCGGCAUGGAUCAUGAGGGCGGCAUGUUGUUUCAGUAUGAUCGACAAGAAAUGCGCUUUUCACCUCAACGCGACUCAGAGCUCACGCCCCUGUUGGAGAAAUCUGCAGCUCGCCGAACGUUCCAGAGCCGGAUCCAUACUCAAGCAAAAGCCCCAGCUCAACCUCGGGCUCAGUCUCAGUCUCAGUCUCAGGCUCGAGCGACUCCACAACAACCUCCUACUCCGGUCAUCCGGAACGACAGAAACGAAAUCGAACAGUCAGUUGAUGAUUUGAUUGCAGAAGAGCAAGCACGUAUGCAAAAGGAGCGACACCCACAGCUCCAGCCUUGGCAACGAUCUGGGGGAUAUCAGAAAAGUCCUACUCGCCCACGCGUUGUCGAUCAGUGGCUUGGCAACGUCGAACCGCCUCAAGUGGACGACGCUGAAUGGCCCUGGAAGAAGUAUCUGAUGUGGGCAUUCUGGGUAAUCAUGGCUUCCUUGGUACUCGGCAUGUUGUCAACCACACUCUUCCCAUCCAAGUCCCCUGAGUCUGCGCCUCAGGCUCCUGGGAUGACCAUGGCCCUGGCCUCUCGCAUCUCGUAUCAAUGGGGUAAGCUCGCAGAGUUCAUCAGCCCCCCUGGUCCGCCACCUGAACUCUCCGAGGAGGAACAGUUCCGUAAGUUUACUGGUGGAGAUGAUGAUGUGAUGUGGGAACGCAUGUCCAAGCUAAACAACAAAUUCGACACGCGUAUCAAUGACGUGCAGAGCGCCAUCGAGGGGCUUAAGAAUGAGCUUCCUCCGUUCAUGAUCGUUCGAAAGCACAAGGACGGUCAUCUCGAAAUCACCGAUCAGUUCUGGCAUGCCCUAGUCAGCAAGACACGCUCCAACGGAGACAGUGUUGAGUGGAACGAACUCAUGAAGCAAAUCACUUUGAAGGUCAAGGGCAUUUCUGGUGUUGUACCGGGUGACAGCACCACAUCUUGGGACCAAAUAGUCUCGCGCGAGGAGUUUGUCGCGACUAUGGCGGAACUCCGCAACACCUUUCAUACAGGCGUCGACGAGAAGAUAUCCAAGGCUAUCCGGGCCCAGACCGAUCAGAUCACAGCAGUAGCUCAAGCAGAAGCGAGGAAGACUAUGUUGGACAAUAUUCGCCUCCAGUCCCUCGCUCAGGCCAACCUCCUCGCCAACUACGAGCUUCAUUUGAGAAAACCGAACUACUUCUCGCUCGGCCUUGGCGCCGUGGUCGAACCUACCAUGACCUCAGCCACCUUCACCAACAUUCCGAGUCGCUACGUCAAAUUUCUUCGUUGGUUAGCUCCCGAUCCACAACGCAACCCGCCGGCAGCUGCGCUUUCCGAUUGGAAGAAUCUUGGAGACUGUUGGUGCUCGGCCCCCAACGCCGGCAAGGGUCAAGCGCAGCUCGUUGUCUCACUUAGUCGUCCUAUGACCCCAAAGCAAGUUACAAUCGAGCACGUGCCUAUGAGCAUGGUUCCUGCCGGCGACAUCAGCGAUGCACCGCGCGAUGUGGAGCUCUGGGUUCAGACAGACGCACCGGUGAAAGUUCGGUACAGCUAUGGCCAGUCCGAAUACCAAGGAGGACCGCCGGGCUGGCAAUGCCUCGGGACUUUCAAGUACAACAUCCACGCCUCCAACCAUCUACAGACAUUCGAUCUCGACAGCGAGCCUUCAGUACCAAUCACUAAGGCCAUGGUACGCGUCAGAACCAACUGGGGCGCGGACCAUACGUGCCUCUACCAGGUGCGACUACACGGUGAUGACGCUGUAGAAGACCAUGAGUACGGCGUUGGUCUCAAUGACCCUAUUUAG